GGAGGGGCAAAUGUGGUGCUUCCCGAGUCUUUUUACACCGCCUGCAUGGGCCACCAACAUGCCACACACACACACACACACACACACACACACACACACACACACACUGGGAACGAUACAUGCCACAAAACGCGCACACACACACACACACACACACACACACACACACACGUCGCCACACACACCAAGGUUCGUGUUCGUGCAAGCGAAGGCCAGGGAGGAAAGUUCUUGUCCCAAGCUGUGAAAGGCAAUGGCCGGAGACAGGCAACCAGAGGGACUGCAGUACAUUGGAGACUGGGGGUGUACCGAGGGGUCGGAGUUUGAUGAUUCUAUCUCGUCGCACCUCCCUCCCAAUCCAGUCCGUCCUCUCUAUGGCAUGGUGGUGUCCUCGGCGGAGGGUGAUGAAGAUGCUCUCAGAAGGAGGCUCCGUGAACGUGCUAUGGCCAUGGACUGCCACUUGACGCAGGGCAGUCCUCAGCCCACGUACACACCCCUGCCUGUGUUGCUGGGAGUUCAUAGCCAGGAACCAUCACCUGCCAUUACCACUCCUAUUCAACGUCAGGACGUUGUGCUUGUCGAGGGGGGGUUGCCCACCACCCCAACGCACAUGUCCUCUGGUGGCGGCAAUGGGAGAUCUGGUCAUGGAUCUUUCAGUCCACUUGCAGCUGAUGGGGGUGGGUCGCCAUCAGUCACAGUCAGUUCUCAGCCUCGACGCAGCAUGAYGGACUUGCUUGCCUUGUCUACCGGCAACGGAACGGGAUGUGAGUUGACGCAGGGUUCACCUGCGUCCGGUUCGACGGAGCAGACGGGGUCCGGCGUCUCUGCUCCUGGUCAUGAGAGUACACGAUCUGAAGGUCGUCCAUCUGUUCUGGUUGAGCUAAUCCGUGAUAGCGAAUUUGGGGAUGUCGAAGCCGUGGAGGGCGGAUUGCCUGCAGAGCAUGUCGCCGCAGUAACUGCAGGUGGGACAGCGCAAGCUGCUGCCCGUUCACACGAUCAUGAACUCCAAGCACCGCCAUGCAGUCYGACGACUGGGGGUGAUGCCGCAGUUGCAGCUGAAGUCCUMGCACCUGAAUGCAGUCCGCAGAGCAUGGGUGAAAGUGGGGGAACCUCCACACUUGCUCCGUUGGCAAGAGGUGGAGGUGUUAGGAGUGGGCAUGAAGCGGGGAGAGGACAACGUGGCCGCGGACAACCUGGUCGUGGACGUGGAGGUAGGGGCAGGGGCGGACGUCCUCGUCCACGAUUCGGGGAGGAGGAGACGAUGAAACUCAUACGCUGCCGGUACGAAGUGAAGGCUACUCACGGCGAUGAUUCAGAAGCAUGGGGGGUGGCAAAACUGAAGCAGCGGUUGUGGCCUGACGUAGAGAAGCUGAUGAGGGAGGCGAAUUACGACCGAUCCGACGAGGAGUGUAAGAACCGGUGGCACUUCGUGCUUAACAACUACAAGGCUGUGAAGGAUCAUGAUAAGUGGUCCGGCAGCGAGAAGUACUUUACCAUGAACCAGACGGAAAGGAAGAAAUGGGGUUUGGAUUUCCUARUGCGUAGAGAGUGGUACAAUUUUAUUGACCAGCACGAGAAGGACAAAGACACGAUAAAUACGGACGACAUCACAGAUCCCGGCGCUGAGACUGAGAAUGUGGGGGUGGGCGAUGGCGGAGCAGACAUAAGUGUCGGGGCAGGAGAAGGUGGUGACGAUCGUGYGGGUUCAGGAACGUCGUCACAGCCGCAGGACAACGGGACGAACACUGCAGGUCCGUCUCUUGGUGCAAGGUCCACUGCAGUCCAGGGUAACAUGGCCGCGAAGCGUCGAAGGGGUGGUUCUAAUGCAAGGGAACAGGCCAUGGGUGCUAUUUGCGGAGCAAUGCGCGACCACACCACUGCGCAGGUCAGGUCAGAUAAGGAGCACCAUGUGAUCAUGCCUGAAAUCUGCGACAAGCAGAUUGCCGCACAAGAAAGAAUUGCCAAAAUGACGUGCGAGGCGAUGGAGAAGGACACGGCAGCUCGGGAUCGCGGAGGUGAGAGGAUGGCUACUGAAAUCCAUGCAGGGUACUCUGUGCUCGCCGACGCUAUCAAGAGUCUGGCAAACCGCAACGCAACUCAGUAGGGGGGGCUGCCAGCAUCGAAAAGAAACCUUUUCAGAUACUUCGUAGUAUGAAGUGCAACUAUAGGUCGGUUCAGGUAGCUCAGAAAAG